UGUCAUGCAGGAGAACUACGAGAACGUGACCUCGCUGGGGUGUCCCGUUUCCAAACCUGACGUGAUCUCCCAGCUGGAACGAGGGGAGGAGCCAUGGGUCCCGGACCGCCAGGGCUCUGAGGAAGGAGAGCUCCCGAGAGGCGCCUGCGCAGGGGAUGCGAUGGUGAGUGAGGACGAGGAGCAGAAUCCUCAGCAGGAAGAUGGUGAGCACGUGGAGGCACACGGGGAAUUAUCGCAAGGAUCCAAAGGGGAUGUGUCCAGGCAUCGUGUGCAGGGAAAAGCCUCUGAGAAUCAGCAAAGUCCAGAGGGAAACCAGCCCAGGGAGAAAGUGGGCAAAUCCACUGAUUGUCAGCGAAUUCACCAGGACUUCAAGGAAAUCACAGCCCAGCAGAAAACCCUCACAGGAGAGACAGAAAACACAUGUACUGAGUGUGGGAAAAACUUCACUCUGAACUCCACCCUUAUUAAACAUCAGAGGAUCCACACCGGAGAGCGCCCCUACGAAUGCUGUGAGUGCGGGAAACACUUCAUUGAGAAAUCAAACCUUAUUAAACAUCAGACAAACCACACCCAAGAGAGACCCUAUGAGUGCCGUGAGUGUGGGAAAAAAUUCACUCGGAGCUCAACCCUUAUCAGACAUCAGAGGAGCCACACAGAAGAGAGACCUUAUGAAUGUUGUGAGUGCGGGAAAAGGUUCACUCGGAGCUCAGUCCUUAUCAAUCAUCAGCGAAUCCACACCGGUGAGCGACCCUAUGAAUGCAGCGAGUGCGGGAAAACCUUCCCGCAGAGCUCAAUCCUCUUUAAACAUCAGAAGAUCCACACCGGAGAGCGCCCCUACAGAUGCUGCGAGUGCGGGAAACAGUUCAUUGAGAAAUCAACACUUAUUAAACAUCAGACGAGCCACACGGGAGAAAGACCCUAUGAGUGCCGUGAGUGCGGGAAACAGUUCAGUCAGAAAUCAAGCCUUAUUAAACAUCAGACAAGCCACACGAGAGACAGGUCCUGUCAGUGCCGUGAGUGCGGGAAAAGCUUCACCCACAGCUCAUCCCUUAUCAGACAUCAGAGGAUCCACACGGGAGAGAGACCUUAUGAGUGUUGUGAGUGCCGGAAAAGCUUCACUUUCAAAUACGACCUUAAUAAGCAUCAGAGGAUUCACACGGGCGAGCGCCCCUACGAAUGCAGUGAGUGCGGGAAACAGUUCACCUGGAGCUCAGGGCUCAUUAACCAUCAGCGAAUGCACACGGGAGAGCGCCCCUACGAAUGCGCCGAGUGCGAGAAAAAGUUCACUCAGUGUUCGGGCCUUAUUAGUCAUCAGCGAAUGCACACGGGAGAGCGGCCCUACACCUGCUGUGAGUGCGGGAAAAGCUUCACUCAGAAUUCAGGCCUUCUUAAUCAUCAGAGAAUUCACACAGGAGAGCGCCCCUACACCUGCGCCGAGUGCGGGAAAACGUUCCCGCAGAGCUCAGCCCUUUUUAAACACCGGAGGAGCCACAUGGGAGAGCACCCCUAUGAAUGCGGCGAGUGUGGGAAACAGUUCAGUGAGAAAUCAAAACUUAUUAAGCAUCAGACAAGCCACACGGGAGAGAGACCCUAUGAGUGCCGUGAGUGCGGGAAAAGCUUCACUCAGAGUUCAUCCCUUAUCAGACAUCAGAAGAUCCACACGGGAGAGAGACCCUAUGAGUGUUGUGAGUGCGGGAAAAGCUUCACUUUCCAAUACGACCUUAAUAAGCAUCAGAGGAUUCACACGGGAGAGCGCCCCUACGAAUGCACCGAGUGCGGGAAACAGUUCACCUGGAGCUCAGGCCUCAUUAUUCAUCAGAGAAUCCACACCGGAGAGCGACCCCAUGAAUGCGGCGAGUGCGGGAAAACCUUCACUCAGAGCUCAGGCCUCAUUACUCAUCAGAGAAUGCACACAGGAGAGCGACCCUAUACGUGCCGUGAGUGCGGGAAAAAAUUCACUCAGAGCUCAGGCCUCAUGAAUCAUCAGCGAAUGCACACAAGGGAGCAACCCUAUAUAUGCUGUGAAUGCGGGAAAACGUUCCCCCAGGGCUCAGCCCUUUUUAAACAUCAGAGGAGCCACACAGGAGAACACCCUAUGAAUGCUGCGAGUGAGGGGAAAGUUUCAUCUGGUGCUCACACCUUAAUAGACAUCAGCGAUUUCACAGGAUAGAUAAACACCAUAAAAAGUUUGUGCAGGGCAGAGAAAAUAUUUUUUUUGCUAAUUCCCACAUAGUGACUUUUUUUGAGAGCUGUUUAUAGCAUUUGCAUCAUCGUGUUCUCUCAACUCCCCCAGGUGAGUUGCCUGCGUUUCCUUUUGCAGUCUCCCUUCUCAGGGGUGAAUCCUGUGGUCCUUUCCAUCAACUCCUUUCUCCUGUGAGUCAUGGGAGUGUGUCUCCCUCCUGCCGGGAGUGUCCAUCAGCCCCAGGUGCAGGAAGUCGGGGUGACCUCCAGUAGCUACACUGAGUGAAAAUUGACCUGGGCUUUGUCUCUCUGGGAUUUUCCAUGGCGUUGGCCUGCUGGAGGUAGCUACCCUAAUGUAAACACACUGCUAUAUGUGCCGUGCUGACAUAACCCAGGUACAAUGGUUGGGGUUAGCUAGCACCUUCCCCUUUGACCUGUCCUAAUCAACACCAAUUUUCAUAGUGUAGACGAGCCCUGAGCAUCACAUUCAUACUGUCACCGCACUAGCAGAGCGAUUGUUAGAGUCACCAAGUUCCCGCUUUGGCGACAGAUUGUCUCAUUCCCAGGUGCUCUCACGCUGGUCCAGGUUGUGCUGGACAGCAGGUUGUUUGGUUUAUUCACCGUUUUUCUCAUUUAAAAUAUAUUUCAAUAUAAAAUAGAGGAGGAGCAGGAGUGGGACAAAUGCAUAUUUUCGGCCUCCGCAACAUCAGAAGGAAAUGGGGUGAGUCAGAGGGAUUCCCUCCAGCACCGUCACUAGGCCGGCUCACUCCAGCUGCGCUGGCGUCCGUCUGAGCUACGAUGGAGUUUAUCCACCUCUAUUCUAUCCCUCCACUUCCCAAACGUAAUAAUAGCAAUUUGAUCCUAAAUCCGACUCAUGAGGGCUGGAGAUGAAAGUGUCCCAGACCUGGAUGGGGAAAUCCAGUGGCUCCCAAACGCAGUGCGAUCAUUCCCAGUUUAAAUACCAGAUAUUGCCCAUUGACAAAUCCACUUUUUCCUGCCGAGCUGGGAUAGUUUGCGGGUGAGAAGGUCGCAUGCUCAUUUUGGUUUUUGUGAAUAACACGACUCCGUAAUAAUGAAGUGCUGUUGAGUGAAGCUGGUUUGAAUGUGCCCCAUGAUGUGGGAAACGCGGUCCCUGUCUGUGUUGAUGUGGACAAAAUAAAAGUUUUGCUGAACUGGUCCCUGGUAGAUGCUGCAAACGUGCAUUAAAAUGAACUCAGUGCUGCAUGUGAUAGAGCUGCAGAAUAUCUAUUUUUAAUACGUUCCUCUCCUUUGGUGACUCACAGGGAUUCGGAUGCAGAAUGAUGGCGUGUUCCAAUGCCUAACUUAGAUUAAAGAAACAAACAGAGUGUGUUUGGGGAAGCCAUUCCUCCCUAACACUGCUCAGAAUUUGGGUAGUUUGGUAAAGGAUUCUGCACCACAGGAGUGUAAAAGUACCCUGACCCAGGCCAAGGAUUUGGCAAGAACUCAGUUCGAUAUAGAAGGCACCCAGUAGUUGAUUUUCGCCCCAGAGAAGGAAGCUGUGGUGAACUACAGUCCAGGUAAAACUGUUUUGUUUUUUAACACGGCUUCCUAGUUCAGUGUCUCUGAUUACACUCCCAAAGGAUGCCCUGGCUCAAGUGGAAGAGCCUCCUUCCCCAGCCGGGCUGGGCAAGAAGGACUUUCAUGGUAUUGAAAUGACCCUAACCUAGAUGGAGCUACUAUAAGGUGGGUGCAAAACUGUUCCAGGAGAGUAGUUAUCAGUGGUUCACAGUCAUGCUGGAAGGGCAUAAUGAGUGGGGUCCCGCAGGGA